AUGGCACUGAACUGCGUCAACGAAUCGGUGACAUUGGGAGCACCAGGAUCUCCGCGGGUUCUCGAGGCGCGGAGUAAUAACGGGCGGUUGUUGGUCGUUCCGCCGCAGGCGCAGAACGACGCUGGCUCUCAAAUUCAUCAUGGAAGUUGUACCAUACAAAAAGCACUGAUGUACACUACGGUGGGAGACGUGGACUUGCUUGACUUGCCCAGGUUACAUCUCUACAUCGUAAUAAAUCAAUCGAGACAAAGUUUUACAACAUCUAUGGGCGCAGGCAUCGGAAAGCUGCGUCGGGUGGUUGCCGCAGACGAGACAAACAGCGAACAAACAUUGACCAGGCAUCGCCGAUGGGGGGACACUGCUGCUGACUUCAAUGUCCCGGGACCCGUUAUGCAGCGGAGGUUGGACGAGCAGGCCUUCCCUUGUCCAAACGCUUGUCGACAUCUCGCCUCCCUGGACCAUAAAAUCGGACCGGCGCUCCCCGCACGGCACAUUCCAGUGGCGCUACGCCAACCGCGCGCCGAGCGGAAGCACUUCAACGCAGCAACCUCCGUCCUCGUCCUAGACCGCCUCUUCGCCGUCUCCGAAUCCUCCUACCCCUUCUCCUCCACCGGGCCAUCUUCGCGGAAGAAGGCGAGGAAAAGAGAUGGGAGAGAUUACGGCGAGGGUUGCGUCACCGUCGGCGGCUCCUUUGUCCGCAGUGACGAGUUUCGUACCCCGGGGACGAGCAGCAGCACCGCCGGCAACGGGGGCCGCUUGAUGCUCGAUCUGCGCUCGUGGGUUGACCAUGAUGUUGUUAUAAAAGCCGGACAGGACGAAAAGGGGGGAACCGUCUCUUCAGUAUCUGUGGCGGCUACGGAGAUUGAGAAGAUUACCGUGGUGACUUGUCUCAUCAUGCUAAAAAAGGGAGCCGACACAUCUCGAAGUUCGGUGCCCAAGGAGGAGGGAGUUGAUAGUUCCAUCUUCUUGCUCGGGAUUCCCAAGAAUACAUUGUCUUAUUCGAUUCGCAUCCUGCUUGACCAUCUGACCAUCUGA